CCAGCUGCCCCGCUACUCUGGGAAGGAGGGUGACGGUGGCCAUUGCUGGCUACAACAACUUCCACUGUAAUUUGCUUGGCAAGGCAGCGAGGGAGCCAGAAAGCUAGCCAGGCAGCCAAGAGGGUGGUAGGAAGGCUUACCAAGAAUUCUAUCUUGCUGGAAGUCACCAGAGCUUCCCCUGGCCAGAACAUCCCCUAAGAUGGCAGAGGAGGGCAGCAGUACCAAGGACUCUGAGUCCUUCAGCGUGCUCAACUGGGAUCAGGUUAGCCGGCUGCACGAGGUCCUGACUGAGGUCGUGCCCAUCCACGGGCGAGGCAACUUUCCAACCUUGGAGAUAACCCUGAAGGACAUUGUCCAGACUGUCCGAGGCCGGCUGGAGGAGGCAGGCAUCAACGUGCAGGACGUCCGGCUGAACGGCUCUGCAGCCGGCCACGUUUUGGUCAAAGACAACGGCUUGGGUUGCAAAGAUCUGGAUCUGAUCUUUCACGUGGCUCUCCCCACAGAGGCGGAAUUUCAGCUGGUGAGAGAUGUGGUUCUGUGCUCCCUUCUGAACUUUCUGCCAGAGGGCGUGAAUAAGCUCAAAAUCAGCCCCGUCACCCUGAAGGAGGCGUACGUGCAGAAGCUGGUGAAGGUUUGCACAGACACAGACCGCUGGAGCCUGAUUUCCCUCUCCAACAAGAACGGGAGGAACGUGGAGCUCAAGUUUGUCGACUCCAUCCGGCGGCAGUUUGAGUUCAGCGUGGACUCUUUCCAGAUCAUCCUAGAUUCUUUGCUCUUUUUCUAUGACUGCUCCGGCAAUCCCAUCUCCGAGCAUUUCCACCCCACAGUGAUCGGGGAGAGUAUGUACGGGGAUUUUGAGGAAGCCUUUGACCAUCUUCAGAACAGGCUGAUCGCCACCAAGAACCCUGAAGAAAUCCGAGGUGGGGGUCUCCUUAAGUACAGCAACCUCCUUGUGCGGGACUUCAGGCCUGCCGACCAGGAGGAGAUCAAGACCCUGGAGCGUUACAUGUGCUCCAGAUUUUUCAUCGACUUCCCCGACAUCCUGGAACAGCAGAGGAAGCUGGAGACCUACCUUCAGAACCACUUCUCGGACGAGGAGAGAAGCAAGUACGACUACCUCAUGAUUCUCCGCAGGGUUGUGAACGAGAGCACCGUGUGCCUCAUGGGGCACGAACGCAGGCAGACCCUGAACCUCAUCUCUCUCCUGGCCUUGCGUGUGCUGGCAGAACAAAACAUCAUCCCCAGUGCCACCAACGUCACCUGUUACUACCAGCCAGCUCCUUACGUCAGUGAUGGCAACUUCAACAACUAUUACAUUGCGCACCCUCCAAUUACCUACAGCCAGCCUUAUCCUACAUGGCUGCCCUGUAACUAACCUGAAGACCUGAGGGUUUCCACAGUGGGAACUCGGUUAGGGCAGGGGCUCUCAGGUAGGAGAGCCUCUUUCUAGAUGUAGGUGUUUGGCUUUCGAAGGGGAACUCAGCUCCGACUCUGUUUUUCUUUUUGUACCCAUUGGAAUAGGUCCACAGACUAUCGUGAGCCAACCCUAAAAGGACCCAUAGUUGAGUGCCACUCAGGGAGAUGCAAUAGGAGGCGUGACUUCUCACCAUCUUUCUAAGAUAGUCACUAACAUGUCACUCCCCAGACAUUAGCACAUGGGAUCUGAGCUCGGCACAGUCUCUGAGAUUGGGGGAGUCGGACAGCGUAUGAAAAGUGUUCCAGGCGCUCUCCUCAGCUGAGUUCUCGGUAGAUUCUACAGGCUCUCUCAUUCAGGAUUCUCAGCAGUCAUGUGAGAGAUGCACUGAUAGUCUCUCACUGGGUCACUUCUAGUCAGCUCCCCAAACUGAUAAACCGUGAGGGUGCUCUUUGUGACUGAAUUUUCACUCACGGGACUAAGUUGUGUCUGUCUAGUCCCCAUCGGCAGAGCUGAGAAUUUCAUUCAUCAAUAAACCAAAGCCAAUAGCUGGAGACUUGAGAUCUGGUUGGAAGUGGUUUAUGGUAUAUGCUGUGCUUUAUCAAGGAAUUAUGAGAUAUUGUGGAGAAAAAAAAAUGACCUUUUUCUUGAAAUGUAACUUGAAAACAAAAUAAAAUGUGGAACAUAACGUUAAAGUAGAAUUGUGGUGGAGGGGCGGUGAUUGUCAAUAGGAAACACGGAUGUUUUGGUUUUGUUUUGUUUUUUUCUUUAAGGAAUUCUUAUUGAAUGACACAUUCCCCCUGCCACGCCUCCCAUUGGCUCUCUGAUGACUGACUCUUGUUUGCUCUUCCUGCGUAAGGAGUGCGUUGUGCCUGGGCGCCACUGUCGUGACUGACUUGACUGACAGGAGGUUCUUCCCACCUUUUAAUUGGAAGCCCUUUAUGCACGUCACUCCCAGUAUGAAAAAGAUUUUUUGCUGGAGUCCACUGACCGCUCUCCACCAAUCCCUUCAAAAGUAGCCAUUGCAUUCCCCAGAUUGUUUCCACAGCUGGGAAAUUCAGGGAUUUCAGGAGAAGAGAGUAGCCAGUGGAACCAUUCUCGAAUUCCACUUCCUCUCUCCAAGUUGCAGGGGGAGUAGGGGUUUAGUGUCAGGUCUGGCCCUGUGCAGAGGGCUGAGUCCAGAGAGUCAAGAGUGAUCUUCCUUAUUCUGUAGACUUAAGCAUUACAUUUCUAUUCUGCACUUUGGAAGGAAAACAGUGUUAAUUGCUGGCCCAAAGCAAGCAGUCCACAGGGAGGGAUGUAGGUGACUGUGGCUUUACCUAGUGGGUUCAGAAGAGAGAGUUCCCCUUUUUGAAAUUUUCUGUGGGAUAUUUUAGAAUGCAUCGCUUUAGGAUAUCCAGGGGAAGAGAUGCUCAGUGUAGCCAGCAAGCUUGAUUUCUGAAGUGACUCCAUCACAUCCACCAUCUCAAUUGCUACUUUGUUCAGUGACCGUAAAAAUCCAAAGAUCCGAGCUACCGCUUUGUGUCCGCUUUAAGCAAUCUAGGUUUCCUUAUGCAAAAGAGGCGUAGUAACAAAAAUGAAAUGGCUGGCUUUUUCCUAGUGCUGUGUUUUCAAGUUGCUUCUGGAAUGUGCUGCUUUGGUCUCCCAGGAGUUGAUCCAAAUGCAUCUUCACGGUAUCCAUGUUAAGUUAGGUCACCAGGAGACUUAGUGUAGCUACUUUCUACUGCCCUUCGAAUCUUUCUUAGUUAGGUUUGAAUUCAUUGGCUUUGGGUUUUGUGAGGAGACCUGAGCUGUUUCAGGGUUAAAAGGAAGGUAAUGAAAAACGAACCCAACUUUGAAAACUGCUGGUCAUCCAUGACCUUAAGAGGCUACAGUUGUAAUCAAAAGAGAAUGUGUUUGCACAGAACUAGGUUUGCCCAAUCAAAGCUUUUGAAGUGUGUUGGAGCCUCCCUGAAUGUAAGCACUUGCUAAUAGAAGCGGAAAGCAGGACUGCUUCAGCUGUGACAAGGCUUGGGGACAAGUAAGACACUGGAAAAUUUCUGGCAUCAUCUUGGAGUUCUUACUGCUUUAUAUACAUACAUUUUUCCAGUCUGGCCAUAAUUGUCUUCUGAGGAUGGAGAGAGGAGACACAGGAGUUGUAAACCACCACUGGAUGACGGCCCCACCUUGAUCGGUCCCUUUUAGUCUGCCCCGCUGUUUUGUGGUUAGAGAGCUGAUGUGUGUUCUAGAACCAUUAUAGUGAAAAGUGGCGUUGACCAAAGCUCCAUUUUUAAGAUUCAAGCCCUGGUUUGUGGAUGUCUGCACUAGAGUUGUGCCUACCUGCUCUGUGUGAGCCUACUGCCAGACCAGAACAGGCCAGGUAACCUUGCACUUCAGAUGUCAGGAAGCUUUAUCUGAAGCCUGCCUUUUGUGCUGCUCACAUAUGCCCCAGACAUCCUUGUACUGAAUCUAGUAGUGUGUGUGUGUGUGUGUCUUGGGUAACGUGAAACCCGGCCUUGGCAGAGGGCACUGAAGGGCAAGCGCAGGCUGUAACCUAAAUGGAAGCAGUCUUUUUCUUUUGCUCUUUUUUUCAGAACUCUGACCUGCUUUCCGAGUUGGUUCUCUGUUCUGUUUCUCAGUCAAGGGCAGCUGGGCUGAAAACAGCAUCUUUACCCUUGAGCGCGCAGAUGCACACUCUCGGGGUUUGGCUUGGAGCUUCAGGCUCACCCUUCAGCCUUACCGUGGUAGAAAGGUGCUGCUCCUCGGUCAGUCAUUUCAAUGUGACUCCUCAUGCCUCUAAGUCAGAUUCCUGGGACUGCCUGUGGCUUGAGGCAUGGCCUGCACCUAGGCCUGGCAGGUGAGCGGCGUUGAGUAGAGAAGAUUCUCCGUUCUUGAUGGAUUGUUUUGGCUUUCCAGUGCCUUUUCUCUCCUGUCUGACUUAAUUUGGAAUUUGUGUCAUAGUGAUCUCUCUCUCUCUCUCUCUCUCUCUCUCUCUCUCUCUCUCUCUCUCUCUCUCUCUCUCUUUUUCUGUGUGUGUGUGUGUGUGUGUGUGUGUGUCUGUCUUUGCUUUGUGGUAAUGCACUAAUAGUCGACUUGCUAAAGCCCACAGUCUGCUCUCCUUCCAGCUGACCUCUGACACUAGCCCUUCAUGGAGGGCUAGAAUUUUUUACCCAGUAUAGAUAGCUUCAGUCUUGGGAAAUGGCACCACUCAAAACCAGCGUUGUGAGCACUUUCUUCUAUUGAUCUUUCUUGGACGGGGACCCUGUUUCAGGGCAUUGCUAGUCUUAGUGCAAAGGCUUGCUAUAGAGGCUGGAUUAAAGUAUAGUUAUUUAAGCAUGAGGCAGGCUGGUGCCUUCCACCCCCAGCCCCCAGUAUUACUUCCUAAAUAUCGAACAGGGUUUUACACUAGGGAAAACCCUUGGAGGUGAUUCUAUACAUUGAAAACUUUUCUAAUUUUCAAAGUUGGAGUUACAUCACUAGUGUGAGACAGACUUUCACAGCUGAUUUUGGAAUGCAGAGGAAAAAUGAUUAAAAGUCUUGGCAGCCUCUCAAGGGUGAUUGGUGCAGCUCUCUGAGGGGGAAAAAAUGAUGUGCAUUUUUUUGUUGUUGUUGGGGUUUUUUUGUUGUUGUUGUUUUUUAAAUUCAAGUGCCUCCAUCUUGUUUACCUAUCACUUUAAAAAGUACUUUAAGUAUAAGCUUCAAGAGUUUUGAGUUCUAGAGUUUUGCCUGGCUGUUGAGAUUUGGUGCAAAUUCUCAUGUGUGUUUAUAUAGGAAGGUGAGCUGACCAUCCACUGCAGAGGAUGGAGGUAAUUAACAUGAUCUGUGCUCUUUACAAAAGAGAAUCCAGUGACCUGGCCUGUGUGUGUGUGUGCGCGCGCGUGCACACACGCUCGCGAGCGCUCACAUUAUGCAUGAAAACUUGAUUUUCCUGAAGCAUCCAUUUCCAAAUUGAUAGGGAUGAAAAAGUAAAAUUUCCAUUGGAUUCAAUUAGAAGCUCUGACUUCUGUAUUUGCAUAGGCUUGAACUAUUCCUUAGCAGUGCCUAGAGAUGCGGGGUUCCUCCUUGGUACUGGCCACUCACCUUCUUACAUGACGCAGAUGAGAUUUCUUAUCAGUGCAAAUGUAUUAGAACCUGAUGGACCAGAGCUUUCAGUGUGAGAAAUAAAGGAAUAUUUAAAAGUGUAAAAAA